AUGGCAUCUGCCUCCUCAUCUCACAAACGUUCUUUCAGUGAUUUUCAGAGGGAAACGCCCGCUGUAUCUAAGAAAAUAUAUGAUGCAUUCAUCAAGCACCGAGGCCCUGACGUCAAAGAAACUCUGGCUUUUGCACUUUACGAUUCGCUGGAGGAAGAGGGAUUUUGGACAUUUCUUGAUAAUAUGGAAAUAGAAUUGGGAGAUUCAAUUGAGUCUGCCAUAAAAAAUGCCAUUUACUCUUCUAAACUGCAGAUUGCCAUCUUUUCACCACGAUAUGCGGAGUCCUCGUGGUGUCUAGAUGAGCUGGUUCUCAUGUUGGAAACCAAGGCUCGCUUUAUUCCCAUAUUUUGUGAUGUGAAGCCUUUUGAACUCCGCUACCCUGACAAGGGAGUUUAUGCAGCUGCAUUCGCCAAACAUGAAGAAAAGGGCAGAUUCAGCAAGGAGAGGCUUGACCAGUGGAAAGAAGCGCUCCACUCUUCUUCACUCAUUUCUGGCUACGAAUUCAGCACAUCUAAUGAUAAUGUGGAGAUGCUGUGUUCCGAGAUUACCUUGGCUGUGCAACAAGAGGUGGGGAAAACAUUUAAGGGGGUUGGAAAACAUCAGAAAGGUCUUCAUGCAGACGAGGCAGCGUCAACAAGUACAUCAGAAAUGGUGAAGAAAUCUAGUCUUCUGCCCAGAGAUUCACGUCCAGUGGGGUUACAAUCCAAAGUUGAAGACAUAGUAGGGUUACUGGAAGACCAAAAAGUACCAGUCAUAGCCGUCGUUGCCGAUAAAGACUGUAAAAUUGUGGUCACUACAAGAAAUAGGCAGGUUGCUUUAAAUUCAAACUCUCGAAUCUAUGAGAUGCAAAAUUUGUCAGAUGAAGACAGUUGGAUGCUGUUUUGCAUCUAUGCAUUUCCGAAUAGUGGAGGAAAUAGAGCGCCACAGCACAUGAAAGAUGAGGGUCGGAAGAUUGGAAAGCAGUGUGGAAAUUUGCCUCUUGCUAUUAAAACGAUAGCAGCAUCUUUGGCCAACACUACGCUUAAAAAUUGGGAGUGGAAGCGCAGUCAGCUGGAAAGAGUAGAUACUCCCACUGGAGAGCAUGACCCUGUCAUGGAGAUACUGAAACUGAGUUAUGACUCUUUGCCUCCACACCUUAAACCGUGUUUUGCAUAUCUAUCCUUCUUCCCCGAGGAUGAGAAGAUAGAAGCAGAGUAUUUGAUAAAUCUGUGGAUAGCGGAAGGAUUCAUCUCGGCAGGAGAGGAGCAGUGGGAUUUAGCCUGGCAUUGGUUAGAUCAACUGAACAAGCUGUGUAUGCUUCAAGUAUAUGAGAAAGAUGAUGAUAUUUCUAUCAAAUACUGUAAAAUUCAUGAUUUGUUGCACGAUCUGGCAAUACACAUAUCAAGAGAAGAUAAAUGUGUUUUCUCUGUUGAAGAAGUGUCUUCACGUACAAGUAAUUCCAUGGGCUGGUGUCGGGUUUUACUGGCCAAGAAAGGUCUGCAUGUUUUCAAUGCCAUCUCAGAGAGCCGUCCUGUUUAUCUCCGUACACUCUCACUGUCACAGAAUUGGCAGAUUAGAAAGAUAAAGGAGGUACCGGAGUGUGUGAGACACCUAAAACGCCUCUUGUUUCUUGCUUUACCUGAUGGUUGUGAGUCAUUACCAGCAUGGAUAAGUGAUCUUAGAUAUCUUCAGCAUUUAAGAGCCGACUGCAUUUAUCGGAUGCCAAGAAUAGCAAAUUUGAGAACACUAGACUCAUUUUUGGACUUCCGCACAGAAGAGGACAAAUUCACGAGGUUAGAUAAUUUGGUCAAUAUGACUCAGCUUCAGAAACUACGCUUAUUUCUUGACAAUGAGAUGGAGCUGAAGAGGAUAGAAGAAGGGAUCCUUGCCCAGAUGGUGAAGAUGCGUUGUCUAGCAAUCUGCAAUAAUAGAAAGGAGUUUAGGGAGUUUCCAGGGAAAAUGAGAGCAAUGAAACAUCUGGAAAGUCUUCGACUAUGCUUGUUUGUAGUGCCAAGUUGGAUAUGCGAGUUUGCAAAUCUGAAGCAAUUAGAAUUAAUCGACUGUGAGUGUAAUGAUCAUCCGGAGUUGGAGAGAAUGCCCAAUCUGCUGCAAUUGUCGCUAAUUGUCGAGAAUAAUAAUAGGUGCAGAGAAUUGCCAAAGGCGUUUGGAAAGUCGGGGGUUUCCACAGCUCCGCAUUUUGUCUAUUACUUAUUUCUCUUCGUUAGAGGAAUUCCCCGAAUUAGAGGGAGCGAUGGCAUGGCUUGUACAUUUAUUUAA